CCCUUACAAUUCCUCAACCUCCAGUCGGAUCGGGUUGCGAGUGCCUGUUUUUGUUUAUUUAUCCCGUGGUCAGUCGACCAUUCGCAGCAUCUGAGUGAACUUCUCGCCGUUCGACGACAAUGGACGCCGCCGCCGACGAAGCUACCAGAAGCCGCCUUAUCUACAGAAUUUUCUUCCUCUUCACACUACUGCUGCCUAUGGCAUUGGGAAACAAGGUUGAGGAUUCAGGGCAGUUCCCUUUAGUUGUGAGUACCUGGCCUUUCAAGGAGGCUGUUAGAGCUGCUUGGAGGGCUGUAGAAAGUGGGUUUUCUGCCGUUGAUGCAGUUGUGGAAGGUUGCUCCACUUGUGAGGACUUAAGAUGCGACGGUACAGUUGGACCUGGUGGAAGUCCAGAUGAGAAUGCGGAAACUACGAUCGAUGCUCUGGUCAUGAACGGGGCUACAAUGGAGGUUGGAGCGGUUGCUGCCAUGAGGUAUGUGAAAGAUGGUAUCAGAGCUGCAAGAUUAGUAAUGCUGCAUACUGAACAUACUAUGCUAGUUGGAGAUCAGGCCUCAGUCUUUGCCAUUUCUAUGGGUCUAUCCGGACCCACAAAUCUUAGCUCAACAGAAUCGCUCGAAAAGUGGAAUAAAUGGAAAGAGAGUCGCUGCCUACCUAAUUUUAGGAAAAAUGUUCUGCCGGUCCAUAAUUGUGGUCCUUAUCAGCCAAAAGAAACUGCAGACCUAAGUCGGAACAGGUGUUUGAUGGCCAAUUCGGUGGAAACCAUCACAAGGAGGUCAUCUCGUGUGGGUGUUGACAACCAUGACACAAUAGCCAUGGCUGCUAUCGAUAAUAUGGGACACAUUGCCGUUGGUACAUCUACUAAUGGAGCCACAUUUAAGAUCCCCGGCAGGGUUGGCGACGGACCUAUUGCAGGAUCUUCUGCUUAUGCUGACAAUGAAGUUGGAGCGUGUGGUGCAACUGGCGAUGGAGAUAUCAUGAUGCGCUUCCUUCCAUGUUACCAAGUUGUGGAGAGUAUGAGGCUGGGAAUGGAGCCCAAGCUUGCUGCCGAAGAUGCCAUAUCGCGAAUUGCCAGAAAGUAUCCUGAUUUUGUUGGAGCUGUUUUUGCGGUAAACAAAAACGGCGUGCAUGCAGGCGCUUGCCAUGGGUGGACGUUUCAAUACUCCGUGAGAAGCCCAGAAAUGGCCGACGUUGAAGUGUUUACAGUGCUCCCCUGAUAUUAUGACUGCCUGCAGUUUCAAAUAUCAAUAAUAGCAUGAGGUCCCUUUAUCAAAUUUGUUUUUGAUGUGGAUAUGUUUCAUUAUUGGAAUAGGUAGUUUGGGGAUCUCUCUUUUUACCUAUCAAGUUCACUCCGGUGCUGAGCUUUGAUUGUACUCUCUCUCUCUCUCUCUCUCUCUCUCUCUCUCUCUUAAACGAUCAAGACUUUUGCAAUACAGAUAUUCCUAUGAACAAAGUGUGUUAUUGUGAA